AUGGCUACCGCUGCUGCUUCUGAGAAGAAGAUCAAGGUCACCACCUCCGAUGGUGCCAACUUGGAGACUGACCGUGACAUCGCGGAACGCUCCAUCUUGAUCAAGAACUUGCUUGAGGACUUGGGCGGUGACAACGAGGAGGCCAUUCCCAUUCCUAACGUCAACGAGGCCGUCAUGAAGAAGGUGCUCGAGUGGUGCGAGCACCACCGCGCCGACGCGCCCUCUUCCCAGGACGACGACUCAGACUCGCGGAAGAAGUCCACUGACAUCGAAGAGUGGGAUCAGAAGUUCAUGCAGGUAGACCAGGAGAUGCUGUUCGAGAUCAUUCUCGCAGCCAACUACCUUGACAUCAAGGCCCUCCUCGACGUCGGCUGCAAGACGGUCGCCAACAUGAUCAAGGGCAAGUCUCCCGAUGAGAUCCGCAAGACAUUCAAUAUCCAGAAUGACUUCACUCCCGAGGAGGAGGAGCAGAUCCGCCGCGAGAACGAGUGGGCCGAGGACCGCUAG